UAGGAAGCCCCUCAGUGCCCUACGGGACGUGGAAGUAGGUGGGUGUGUUGCACGCGGGGUCCUGCACGGCGUUGAGUGGAGGAGGUAACACACGCACUCAAAGUUUGACUCGCACACACACACAAUAAGCAAUCCCUCACGCAAAGCACAGGCGAAACACCCGUGUCAAGCAGUGAAGGAAAAUAAGUACAGAAUAUUUAGCACAAAAGGAGACAAUAAUACGACACAGUGGGUUGAAAUUACAGUGAAUCGCGGUGGUUUUUCUGCAGCGUGGUGCGUGUGCGUCGACGCGAGGGAUUCCAACCUUAGCUGGGGUGCCGUAAUCCUUCCCUCGCAAAGUUGAGUGAGUUAGUGACUGAGUGAGUGACUGUCCCCCGCUCUAUCGAUCACGCCAGGGAGCGGAGGGCGAGUGCAAUUACAUAAGAAUCUGAAUAACGUCGCUGGGAACGGAGGAAAUAAGACAAAGGAAGAGAAGGUGAAGAAAAGGUGGACUGGAAGGAGGGCCACUCGAAUAGAAGGUUUACAUAAAGUUCCAGCUACUUUAUAGCCUUGUGUGGGGUUCAGUGCCCCUGGGAUGGUGCCGCGGCGCUGAGUGCUGCCGGAAGGAUGCUAACGGCGUGGGUGGCGGCGGUGUGGGCGGCGGCGUGGGUGUGGCCCUCACCGGCCGCCGCCCAGCGCGGGCUGGAGGCCACGUGCCCCAGCUGGGAAGACAACCCGCAGUGCAUCUGCUACACGCGGAACGGCUUGGUGCUGGAGUGCCCCUCGGUGCCCCUGGCGGCGGUGGGCCAGGAGGUUGGCAACGUGCCGGGACCCAUCGCCUUCCUCAGCCUGUACAACAUUGACCCCAAUGUCACCACGCUACCGCCGGGACUGUUCACCCGCAGCUCGGGUGUGGCCAGCCUGCAGGUGUCCCACUCAGCCGUGCGGAGCCUGGCCGAGGACAGCCUGGAGGGGCUGGAGACUUCGCUGGACCGCCUCACCGUGAGCCACUGCCAGCUGUCCGCUGUGCCGCACGCCGCGCUGCUCAGGCUGCGCCAGCUGCACUACCUCAGUCUGGAGGGAAACAACAUCACGGAGCUGCAAAGCUUCGUGUUCUCCAAGCUGAAGCUGCAGACGCUCAACCUCAAGAGCAAUAUGAUCAGCCUCAUUUCAGACUACGCCCUGGACGGCCUCGAGUCGUCCCUCGAGGAGCUGAACCUGGAGAACAACGACCUCAAGGCGCUGCCCACGGACGCCCUCAAGAGCAUGGCCGCCCUCAGGACGCUGCGGGCCGCCUGGAACCACGUCAAGGAGCUGGACCUGCCCGCCGACGCCUCUCUGGCGGCGCUGCGGGAGUUGGACCUGAGCAGCAACAGUGUCCGGAAGAUUAAGAGUAAGAGUGUGGCGGGGGCGCCGGGCCUCGUGUCCCUGUCCCUGUACAUGAACGCCAUCGCCAGUGUGUCCAAGAACGCCUUCAAGGAGAACCCUGCCCUGGAGACACUCUUCCUGGGCAACAACGACAUCCAGGAGCUGGACGCCGAGACCUUCCUGCACAAUCCCAACAUUCGCAUCAUCGACCUUGGCAACAAUAACCUGCACAACAUUGACGGCGGCCUGUUCUCCGACCUGCCGCACCUGCAAGAGCUGGUGCUCGCCUCAAACAAUAUCCGGGAGGUGACCCGCCACACCUUCAGGAAUUCGUCCAGUCUGCGAGUCCUGAACCUGGAGCACAACGCCAUCCGCUUCGUGGAGGAGGACAGCCUGUGGGAGCUGCCGCAGCUGCACACGCUGCUGCUGAGCCACAACAAUCUGCAGGAGAUAAGCCCGCGCCUGCUGGAGGCCAACGCCGCCCUGCAGGUGCUCAAGCUGGACCACAACAGACUGGGGGAGCUGCACGAGGACACCUUCAGCAAUAAUACCGCCCUCACCACGCUGCACCUCAGCCACAAUGAGCUCACCACCGUGGGGAGGACAAUCUUCUGGCGCCUCACACUCCUGCAGGAACUUCAUCUGGAGGACAACAGGAUCCAGGUGGUGGCCCCGGCAGCUUUCUCAAGCCUGGCUCGCCUACAGACUCUCACCCUGCAGGAUAACGACAUCGCGACCCUACCGGAGUUCCUCAGCAUAGAGGACACUGCCCUCCGCCAGCUGAGGGUGUCUGGAAAUCGCCUGACCAGCCUGCACCCGCAGCUCCUGCAGGGGCAGGGCAGCCUCGACCAGGUGUGGCUGGACCGCAACAACAUCUCGGUGGUGGUGGAGGGCGUGUUCGGGGAGCUGCGGCGCGCACGCCAGCUGCACCUGGAGCACAACCACAUCGCGGAGAUCCAGGACAACGCAUUCGCCAAUAUGACGCACCUCCGCAGACUCUUCCUCUCGCACAACUUUGUGGAGACCAUCCGCAGCGACACCUUCACCGGCCUGGCCUCGCUGCUCGAGCUGCGCCUCGACAACAACGCCAUCACCGUGAUCGAGACGGAUGCAUUCCGCGGCCUGACGCGGCUCGACACCCUGGACCUGUCUGGCAACAUUGUGUCUGUGGUGCAGCGAGACCACUUCGUGACGGAGCUGCCCAUCAGGAGCCUCAGCCUGGACGAGGCGGGCGUGUCGAAGAUCGAGGAGGGCGCCUUGGAGGCCCUGGCCAGCCUGGAAACCCUGAGUCUGCGUGACAAUGAGCUGCGAGCGCUGCACCCUGACUUCCUGCAGCUGACACAGCUGCGGCACCUUGAUCUGGCCGGCAACCCGCUCAAGGACGUCAACGGCACCAGCCUGGCGGGAUUGCCCAAUCUGGAGAGCCUCGACCUCAGUCGCUGCGGCCUCGCUGAGCUGCCCGACAACCUGUUUGACUCCAGCAUGUCCUUGCGGAGCCUGAGCCUCGCUGGCAACAAGCUGACGCACCUCAAAGCCGCUGCUUUCAUUGGCCUCUCAGACCUGACACAGCUGGACUUGUCUGACAACAGCCUGGGCCUCAGCAGCUGUCGCGCCGUGCUGGUCACACCCCGCCUGCAGCAGCUCACCCUCAGCGGGAACCCGACGCGGGAGUUGUGUCCAGACCUGGCAAAGCUUGAAGAUCUGCAGGAGCUGCGGGCUGCCAACAUCCUCAUGACGGAGGUGCGGCCUAACGCCCUCGCAGAGCUGCGGCACCUUCAGCUUCUCGACAUUUCCACAAACCUGGUGACGGAGGUGCCCGUCGGCAGCUUCCUCGGCUCAUCGCUCCGCACCCUCAGCCUGGCGGACAACCAGCUGGAGCAAUUGCCUGACGCGCUAUUCUUCGACCUGCCCGAGGCGCUGGAGAGCCUCAACAUCUCCGGCAACCCGCUGCAGCGCCUGGUGGGUCCCAUGGUGCUGCAGGACGCGUCGCUGUCCGCCCUGCAGCAGCUGGAGGCCACCCGCACCAACCUAUCGGUGCUGACCAGCCUGGAGCUGUCCCACCUGCCCGGGCUGCGCUCCCUCAGCCUGCGGAAAGGCUUCAUCGCCAAGGUGUCCCCGGGGGCCUUCAAGAGCCUAACUCAACUGGCCCACCUGGACCUCAGCCACAACCAGCUGAAGGUGCUGCCGCCAGAACGCCUCCGUGGCCUGGGCAUGCUGGUGCGCCUCAAUCUCACCCACAACAGACUGGAGAAGCUGGACCAGCUGCCCGCCGACGUUGCAAACCUCAAGGUGCUGGAUGCGUCAAGCAACAUGCUGACGGAGCUGCGGGAGGCUGCGCUGCGCCACGCCGAGGCGCUGGAGGAGGUGAACUUGAGGGACAACUGGCUCACUGUGAUCCAUCCCCGCGCCUUCACCAGCCUGCCGCGGCUCGCCACACUGGACCUCAGCCACAACAUGUUGGAGGUACUGCGGCCUGAGGUGCUGCAGCCCGUCGAGCGCUCCCUCAGGAGCCUCUCCCUGCACGAUAACUCAUUAAGGUGCACGUGCGAGGCGGUGGACCUGUGGGCGUGGCUACUCAACCAUCCUGAACAGGUGACCAACCCUCAGGACCUCACCUGCCACGUGCCUCCGGCGCUGCACGAGCGCGCCUUCCUGCUGCUGCCGUCGUCGGCGUUCUGUCCCCAGCCGGUGGUGCUGCGCCUCGCCAUUCAGGACAUCCAGAGCCAGUCGCUCCUUGUGUCCUGGCAGGCCACCAACUCCUCCGCCGUGUACGGAUUCAAGGUGACGUACCGCGCGGCUGACGGAAGCGCCACGCAAUCCUCGCCGUCACUGUCCCUGGCGUCACGCACCUUCCUGUUGGAGGCGCUGCAGCCCGCCACGGAGUACGAGGUGUGUGUGCACGGCCUCACGCGCUCCCUCGCCACGCCGCACGCCCCUGCACGACCCCACGCCCGCGCGCACACCGUCGCCGCGGCUUAUGACAAGGGCGACCAGCACGACCACCACCACCAGGAGGAUAAUGGAGUGCGGUGUGCGAGGGGCCAGACACUACCGCCCCCUGCUGCCCCCGCCACAGGAACAGCCGGCAUCAGUUUGGGUCUCAUCCUGGGGGCUACCUUGGCCGCGGCACUGCUCCUGGGGCUGGUGGUGGCCCUCAUCUGGUACCGCAAGUGUGGACCGGGACACCGACCGAGGGAUAAGCGGAAUGGUGCCCCGCCUGAUUACUACACCCAAUACCAAGCCCGUCACCCUCACCCCCUCCGUACCGGGAUGACGAGUUUGCCUGUUAGAUGUGGCGGCCCGGUAAUAGUGAUGAUAGUUACUUCUACUCAUCACCUCUCUCCGUGACAAGUUCGCCUGCGUGUAUGGUGACUGUCUCGGUAAUGGUGAUGCUGAUAGUGACUCCUGCUGGUCGUUUGGUGGCUGUGUACUGGUGGUCACCGUGAGUACUGGUGACCUGUGGUGCUGCUGAGUGAAUCGUGGUGCUGGUGCUGCUAGUGACUCGUGCUGUGCUGUGUUAUGCUGUGUUGUACUGUGCUGGUGACUUCAAAUGCGGUGCUGGUGACCUCAAAUAAUAGCAAUAGUGACCUCUUCUACUGAUGACCUCUUCUACUGGUGACCCUUGUAUACUGGUGAUCUUGUACUGGUCACCCUUGUACUGGUGACCCCUUGUACUGGUGAUGACUGGUGAUCCCCUUGUACUGGUGACCUCUUGUACUGGUGACCUCUUGUACUGUUGAUCCCUUGUACUGGUGAUCCCUUGUACUGGUGAUCCCCUAGUACUGGUGACCCCCUAGUACUGGUGACCUCUUGUACUGGUGACUCCUUGUACUGGCGAGUCCCUUGUACUGGUGACCCCCCUUGUACUGGUGACCCCCUUGUACUAGUGACCCCUUUAUUGUACUGGUGAGAUUUAAAAGGAUAACUCACUGAAAAAAAAAUCAAUGAAAUGAUAAAAAGCAAAGAAAGAAAAGAAAUGAAUGAUAAAAGUGAAGAAAAAUGAGGAAAUGUGAGAAAAAUGUGGAUAAAUGAGAGAAAGAAGGGAAGUGUGAAUAAAAGAGGAAAAAAAUAAGGGUAACGAGUAACUAAACAACCCGUACCGCGCCCACGCCCAAGGCCGCCCCACAGAGAGAGAGAGAGAGAGAGAGAGAGAGAGAGAGAGAGAGAGAGAGAGAGAGAGAGAGAGAGAGAGAGAGAGAGAGAGAGAGAUGACAAGGAGGGUGUGUGAUUUGAAGCAGAAAGAAGCAGGUGAACACACACACACACACACACACACACACACACACACACACACACACACACACACACACACACACACCUUGACGUUUCCUCUCAAGCGUGUGUGUGUGUGUGUGUGUGUGUGUGUGUGAGGGAGGGCUCUUCGUGACGCGUCAGACAAAACAAAACGAACAAAAACUAACUCGCGAACUGAGGAAACAAUGAUUACAGGAAGCCGCAGGUGAGCGAGAACGAGAGCGAGAACGAGAGCGAGAGAGAGAGAGAGAGAGAGAGAGAGAGAGAGAGAGAGAGAGAGAGAGAGAGAGAGAGAGAGGUUGAAUUCCACUUAUAAACAGUUCGAUUUUAUUAAAGAGACUUGAAUCCCACUAUAAGAGAAACAAAAGAGGAUUUCAAUGUAUAGAUACUUGAACUUUACCUUCAAGUAGAUGGUGUUUGAAUUUCUCUCUCUCUCUCUCUCUCUCUCUCUCUCUCUCUCUCUCUCUCUCUCUCUCUCUCUCUGGUGCUGGAAUCUCUCGUGUCUUAGUCUCUGGUGGUGGUGGUGGUGGUGGUGGUGGUGCCUGGUGGUGAGAGAGAAAUAUAAACACUCACACCAUCUAGUCAAAAUAAGUUAUAGAAAAGUAAAAAAAAAUAAAAAAUAAUAAUGAAAGAAAAGAAAGUGGUAGACGAAUUGAAAAAAAAAAAAUGGAAGAAUAGUGAAAUUGAUCAAAGAAAAGGAAAGACAGGGAAAUUUACCAGUCAAAAUAAACUAGUGAAACAAAAUAUGGGAAAAAAAGAAAAGAAAAAAAAUCACAAGAAUAAAAAAAAAUAUAUAUAUAUACGGCAAAUUACCAGUCACCCUAUCAUUACCUCCCGUUUUCUACGACUCCUGCUGGGCCAUAUAUAAAAAUGACUUCCCAUUUUUUUUUCCUCCUACAUAAAUUUUUUUCCACCUGGACUGUGCUCACCUGUCCUCUCUAUCACCUUCACUGUGACAGGUAACACGCAGGUAGCUUUCAUUAACCUGUCUGGGUGGUGCGUCUUCAAAUAUCAAAGAGGAAAGAGGAAAUAAAGGUGAGGAAUAAGUUGUCUCGGGAAAUAUACAUGGUCAGGGGAGGAAAAUAGGGAUAAAUUGAUAGGUACAGGGAAAUACUGGACAAAGUAAUGCCCUAGGGUAAAAUAUACAAGGAAAUAAGGAAGGAAAGAGUGAAUGGAAGCCGUCUAGGGAAAUUUAUGUGAGCAGGGAAGGAAACAGGGAUGAAUUGAAAGGUACAGGGUAAAAUGUAGGGGAAUUAUGUUGGAAUAGAGAAAAAUGUUGCGGAAAAGUUAAGGGGAAUUGUUAAAAUAAGAAAUGGGUGUAGGAAAAAAGGAAAAGUAGAGGGAAAAAUGAAAGUUACAAGACUAUAAUGAACAGUGUGGGGAAAAAAAUGAACGUGAUGGAAAAUUUGAGGAAAAUAUUGUGAAAAGUGAGUGUGAAAGGGGAAAUAAUAAAUGUACCGGGAAAAUAGGAAGAAUUGAAGUUGGAAAAGGGAAAAAAUAACAGAAAAGUUAAAAAAAACUCGUAAAGGAGGAAAAAAGUGAAAAAAAUUAAAGAAUAAAUAAAAAUUGAAUGGAAAAUGAAAAUAAAUAAAGGAAAAGAGGAAAAGACCGUGGAAAAAAAAAAACGUUGACUGAGUAUUUUGAACUGCGUAUAAUAAAGAAAAUGAAAAAAAAAAUGAACGGGGAAAAAAAGGAAAAACGAAGGAAAAGAGAUGGAAAAAUAAUAAGAAAAACAGACUUUGAUGAUACUGGACUAUAAAUAAAAAUAAUAAUAAUAAUGAAAGUAGUGCCUAAGGUGACGUGUGCGUGCGUGCGUGCGUGCGUGCGUGUGUGUGUGUGUGUGUGUGUGUGUGUUGCCGAGUAGUGAAGGAGUAAGAAAAAAAAAUAUUCUCUUCCUAUUCCAAAGAUAUUUAAUACAAUGUCCGUAUGUAUGUAUGUAAGUAUGUAUGAAAUCCCUGUCUGUCUGUCUGUAUGUAUGCAUGUAUGACAAAUCUAUGUAUGUCUACUGUAUGUAUGUAUGUAUGUACAGUACACCACAUAAGCAACAAUUUUAUACACACAAGACGGGAGAAACAAACAAAAAACAAACAAAACAAAACAAAAAAUAAAUAAAUAAAGGACCCAAGAAACAAAA